AGUGCCUGCCCUAUAGCCGUGAUGCUAGAUCUGCCAACUUUCCAAGAUCUUGCCACAAGUAAGUUAGAAUCUUGCUUACAAUCUACCGGAUCCAUGGCUAAAUGCCUUGUACUAGAUGCACAAUUGGGAGUAUUACCUUUAAUUUGUAAGUUCUCUACGUUAAAGAAGUAUAAAGUGGAACAAAAGUGUUUUUUAGGGGAAAGUUUAAAAACUCAACUUUCAGUUCUUGUUUACUUUGUAAAACCGGCUCCCAUGUCCCUUAAUUUUUUUCACCGUAAUGUUAAAGUGCAUCAGCACAAGCGAAUCAGUGUCUUUUUUGUACCAAGAAAAACAUUAUUUUGUGAAGAGUACCUCAAAAAUGCCGGUGUCUACGGAAAUCUAUAUAUUUCAGAAUGCGACGUGGACUUUUUCCCUCUAAACAGGGAAGUCCUCUCCUUGGAAAGUCGGCAUGCUUUUCGAGAGUGCGUGGUAGAGGGGGAUUCGACCGUUUUGUAUAACGUUGCGCGAUUCAUUAUGAAACUGCAAUCAACUUAUGGGCUUAUCUCCCACAUCUGUGGAGCGGGCUUACAGGCAAAACAAGUCGCUGACGUUCUUUCGUGCUUGCAAAAGGAAAGUUACGUUUUCUCGGAUAUUAUUAUCAAGGAAGACGAGAAAAUUUCUGAAGAACUCGAUACGAUUGUUCUUUUAGAUCGUUGUGCAGAUUUGGUUACGCCGCUUUGUACGCAGCUGACCUACGAGGGCCUGCUUUCGGAAGUUUUCCAAGUGGAGGGAGAGAAGAUCUUACUUCCCGUGGACAUCCUGCCUACCGACUUAGUCGCGCGUCUUCCUGCAAAUCAGCUCCACUAUGAGUUUUUAUUAGAUUUUAACGAUCCCGUUUAUAACGAGAUUCGAGACUCUUCCUUUCCAGAGGUGGGGCCGCGGAUCCGCUCGCGGGCGAAGGCUAUGGAAGCGGCAUACCAGAAGAGACACACGGCUAACACGGUAGACGAGGUUAGAGAGUUCGUAAAGCAACUGAAGGAAGUACAGGAGGAACACAGAUCACUUUCCAUCCACACCAGCAUUGCUGAAAAAAUAAUAUGCUCGACGGCGGACCCUUGUUUUUCGGAAGCCCUUCGCAUCGAGAAACGUAAAAAGGGUGUCUGCUUUUGCUCACCCGAUCUACAGCUACAUUGCGCUGUUUUCACAGUGUUUAUCGACGCGGAGGGAACCGACAAGUUUAACGAGUCCCUUGAGACGCUAAUAUGCCGAUGUGAGCCUUUUCUGAAAGUUUUGCGCUUGAUAUGUCUGCAAUCGGUAAUCAACGGCGGCUUGCGACAGAAGAUUCUAGAACAGUACAUGAGCGAGCUGGUGCAGACUUACGGCUCUCAGCACCUCCAGACUCUCUACAACUUGCAGAAAGCAGGCUUGCUGUCCCUCAAGGCGGAGCGCAGUUAUUACAGUUCUGUUAAAAAAAGGCUUAAGCUGGUUGUACCGGGGUCCAACGAAAAAAGCCGCGAGGAUAUCAGCUAUGUCUACGGCGGCUACGCUCCACUCUCCGUAAGACUAGUGGAAUGGCUCCAGCACACGGGAGCGAAGAGUCCAGACGCCGCCUUAGCGAGCUUCGCAGGACCUUUUUUUCAUGUGGAUCAAAGACCUAAAGGAGCCCGCCAGCAGACCUCCUUGAGUCUAGGUGGAGUCGCGCAGCCGGACUUCGCCGCUACUGCCCCCAAAACGACGCUGGUUUUCUACUUGGGCGGGUGUACCUCCGCAGAGAUUUCGGCGCUUCGGUUGUUAAGUUCGAGGGCGCGAGGUUUGCGCCGAUAUCUUGUGGCUACUACCAGUAUAAUAACGGGAGACGCCUUACUUUCGACUUUGGAGGGCCCCUUUCCCUGCUAG